AAUCUGCUUCCGGCCUGCGAGCUCAGUGUUCCGCUCUUUGUGGGCCGGGUGGGUUUCCUACACUGGUUUCGUCUGCCUGGUUCAUCUGUGUGCAAUGGCUCCGGACUCGGAUCCUUUCCCUGAAGGGCCGCUCUUAAAGCUGCUACCCUUAGACGCUAGAGACCGGGGCACCCAGCGCUGCCGCCUGGGCCCGGCCGCCCUCCACGCCCUGGGCGCGCGCUUGGGCUCGGCAGUGAAGAUCUCGCUACCCGACGGGGGCUCCUGCCUCUGCACUGCCUGGCCUCGGCGGGACGGAGCUGACGGCUUUGUGCAGCUGGACCCGCUGUGCGCGAGCCCCGGGGCGGCGGUCGGGGCGUCGAGAUCCCAGAGGAGUCUCAGCCUGAAUCGCCUCCUCCUAGUGCCCUGUCAGCCCCUGCGGCGCGUCGCCGUGUGGCCGGUGUUGCGAGAGCAGGCAGGCGCGCCCGGUGCUCGGAAUACAGCCCCGGUGCUGGAGGCGGCGCAGGAGCUGCUGAGAAACCGACCGAUCUCCCUGGGCCACGUGGUGGUCGCUCCGCCGGGCGCUCCUGGCCCAGUGGCUGCCUUGCAUAUCGUCGGCGGGACGCCCAGUCCCGAUCCCGCUGGGCUGGUCACCCCUCGUACUCGCGUCAGCCUUGGCGGGGAGCCUCCGUCGGAAGCCCAGCCGCAGCCCGAGGUUCCCCUGGGAGGUCUUUCGGAGGCGGCCGACUCGCUGCGGGAGCUCCUCCGCCUCCCGCUCCGCUACCCCCGCGCCCUGGCCGCGCUGGGCUUAGCGGUGCCUCGCGGGGUGCUCCUGGCGGGGCCCCCCGGAGUGGGCAAGACCCAGCUGGUGCGGGCCGUGGCGCGCGAGGCGGGCGCGGAGCUGCUGGCAGUCAGCGCCCCGGCGCUGCAAGGUUCCCGGCCUGGGGAGACCGAGGAGAACGUGCGGCAGGUCUUCCAGCGCGCCCAGGAGCUGGCCAGCCGCGGACCCAGCCUCCUCUUCCUGGACGAGGUGGACUCCUUGUGUCCCCGGCGGGGCGGUCGAGCACCCGAGAGCCGCGUAGUGGCCCAGGUGUUGACGCUGCUGGACGGCGCCAGUGGGGACCGCGAGGUCGUGGUUGUGGGAGCCACUAACCGGCCGGACGCUCUAGACCCAGCGCUGCGUAGACCCGGGAGAUUUGACCGAGAGGUGCUCAUUGGGACUCCCACACUUAAACAAAGAAAGGAAAUUCUGCAAGCAAUUACCUCAAAGAUGCCCGUCUCCAGUCAUGUUGAUUUGGGCCUUCUUGCAGAAAUGACAGUUGGCUAUGUUGGUGCCGACCUGACAGCACUCUGUAGGGAGGCUGCCAUGCAUGCCCUCCUUCACAGUGAGAAGAACCAGGACAAUCCUGUGAUUGAUGAAACAGACUUCCUUGAAGCUUUUAAAAAUAUUCAGCCCUCAUCAUUUCGAAGCGUCAUUGGAUUGAUGGAUAUCAAGCCUGUUGACUGGGAGCAGAUUGGUGGCCUUGAAGAUGUAAAACUGAAGUUAAAACAGAGCAUUGAGUGGCCUCUGAAAUUCCCUUGGGAAUUUGUUAGAAUGGGCCUGACACAACCAAAGGGAGUUCUCCUCUAUGGGCCCCCUGGAUGUGCUAAAACCACUCUGGUGAGGGCCCUGGCCACAAGCUGUCACUGCUCUUUCGUUUCAGUGAGUGGAGCUGAUCUGUUUUCACCGUUUGUUGGAGAUUCAGAAAAAGUCUUGUCUCAGAUAUUUCAACAAGCAAGAGCAAGCACUCCAGCAAUUGUGUUUUUGGAUGAAAUUGAUUCAAUCUUGGGAGCUCGCUCAGCCAGCAAGACCGGAUGUGAUGUUCAAGAACGAGUUCUUUCUGUUCUCCUGAAUGAAUUAGAUGGUGUUGGACUUAAGACAAUAGAGAGAAGAGGAAGUAAAUCAAGUCAACAGGAGUUUCAAGAAGUUUUUAACCGAAGUGUCAUGAUUGUUGCAGCAACAAAUAGACCUGAUGUGUUAGAUACUGCUUUGUUACGACCUGGAAGAUUAGAUAAGAUCAUCUAUAUCCCACCUCCAGAUCACAAGGGCAGGCUUUCUAUUUUAAAAGUCUGUACAAAAACCAUGCCAAUAGGGCCUGAUGUCUCCUUAGAAAACCUAGCAGCAGAAACCUGUUUUUUUUCUGGAGCUGAUCUUAGAAACCUCUGCACAGAAGCUGCUUUGCUGGCUCUGCAAGAAGAUGGACUAGACGCAACUACAGUGAAACAAAAGCACUUUCUAAAAUCACUUAAGACUGUAAAACCGUCAUUAAGUCGCAAGGACUUGGCUUUAUAUGAAAACUUAUUUAAGAAAGAAGGAUUUUCUAACUUGGAAGCUGGACUGUACUGCCGUGAUCUCAGCUCGCUGCAACCUCCCUGCCUCGGGCUCCUGUGAUUCUCCUGCCUCGGCCUGCCGAGUGCCUGGGAUUGCAGGCGCGCGCCGCCACGCCUGACUGGUUUUUGUAUUUUUGGUGGAGACGGGGUUUCGCUGUGUUGACCAGGCUGGUCUCCAGCUCCUGGCCCUGAGUGAUCUGCCCGCCUCGGCCUCCCGAGGUGCAGGGAUUGCAGAUGGAGUCUCGCUCACUCAGUGCUCAAUGUUGCUCAGGCUGGAGUGCAGUGGUAUGAUCUCGGCUCGCUACAACCUCCACCUCCCAGCCACCUGCCUUGGCCCCCCAAAGUGCUAAGUUUACAGCCUCUGUCCGGCCACCACCCCGUCUAGGAAGUGACGAGCUCUGCCUGGCCGCCCAUUGUCUGGGAUGUGGGGAGCCCCUCUGCCCGGCCGCCCCGUCUGGGAAGUGAGGAGCGCCUCUGCCCGGCCGCCAUCCCAUAUAGGAAGUGAGGAGCACCUCUGCCCGGCCGCCCCUUCUGGGAAGUGAGCAGAGCCUCUGCCCAGCCGCCCCGUCUGGGAGGUGAGGAGCGCCUCCGCCCGGCCGCCACCCCGUCUGGGAGGUGAGGAGCGCCUCUGCCCGGCCGCCACCCUGUCUGGGAGGAAGUGAGGAGCGCCUCUGCCCGGCCGCCACCCCCUCUGGGCGGAAGUGAGGAGCGCCUCUGCCCGGCCGCCCCGUCUGGGAAGUGAGGAGCACCUCUGCCUGGCUGCCACCCCGUCUGGAAGGAAAUGAGGAGCGCCUCUACCUGGCUGCCCUGUCUGGGAGGUGAGGAGCGCCUCUGCCCGGCCGCCACCCUUUCUGGGAGGAAGUGAGGAGCGCCUCUGCCUGGCCUCCCCGUCUAGGAAGUAAGGAGCACCUCUGCCCGGCCGCCCCGUCUGGGAGGUGAGGAGUGCCUCUGCCCAGCCGCCACCCCGUCUGGGAGGAAGUGAGGAGCGCCUCUGCCCGGCCGCCACCCUUUCUGGGAGUAAGUGAGGAGCGCCUCUGCCCAGCCGCCCCGUCUGGGAAGUGAGGAGCGCCUCUGCCCAGCCGCCCCGUCUGGGAAGUGAGGAGCGCCUCUGCCCGGCCGCCCCGUCUAGGAAGUGAGGAGCGCCUCGCCCGGCCGCCCCGUCUGGGAGGUGAGGAGUGCCUCUGCCCGGCCGCCACCCUUUCUGGGAGGAAGUGAGGAGCGCCUCUGCCCGGCCGCCCCGUCUGGGAAGUGAGGAGUGCCUCUGCCCGGCCGCCCCAUCUGGGAGGUGAGGAGCGCCUCUGCCCGGCCGCCCCGUCUGGGAGGUGUACCCAACAGCUCCGAAGAGACAGCGACCAUCGAGAACGGGCCAUGAUGACGAUGGCAGUUUUGUUGAAAAGAAAAGGGGGAAAUGUGGGGAAAAGAAAGAGAGAUCAGAUUGUUACUAUGUCUGUGUAGAAAGAAGUAGGCAUAGGAGACUCCAUUUUGUUCUGUACUAGGAUAAAUUCUUCUGCCUUGGGAUGCUGUUGAUCCAUGGCCUUGCCCCCAGCCCCGCGCUCUCUGAAACAUGUGCUGUGUCAACUCAGGGUUAAAUGGAUUAAGGGCGGUGCAAGAUGUGCUUUGUUAAACAGCUGCUUGAAGGCAGCAUGCUCUUUAAGAGUCAUCACCACUCCCUAAUCUCAAGUACCCAGGGACACAAACACUGCAGAAGGCCACAAGGACCUCUGCCUAGGAAAACCAGAGACCUUUGUUCAUGUGUUUAUCUGCUGACCUUCUCUCCAUUAUUAUCCUAUGACCCUGCCAUAUUCCCCUCUCCGAGAAACACCCAAGAAUGAUCAAUAAAUACUUAAUUAAAAAAAAAAAAAGCAAAAAAAAAAAAAUUAUUCUAACACACUGACCUUUGCUUUUGAGUAAUAUGAAAAUACCUAGAAAACUUACUGGAAUUCUUACUAUACAUUUUCUUUGUUGGUUAUUGAUCUUAUUGAACAAGGCAGCCAUCCUGCACCUGACAAACCCUGGCCUGAACCCCUUAACUCAGACAUCUAGCUGUGGGCCCCUGUUCUUUUCCAGAAAGUUUCUAGUAGUCUGGUAAUUUAGCAACCAUGCUUGUUCAAGGCUGAGCUGAUUUGAAGAUGUCUUUUUAAAUUGUAAUUAAAGACAGCCCUCCUCAUCUGUGGGUUCCACAUGGGCAGAUUCAGCCAACCGUGUGGGUUGAAAAUACUUGAAAAAACAAACAAAAAUGAUACAACAAUAAAAAGUAGGCCAGGCAUGAUGGCUCACACCUAUAAUCCCAGCACUUUGGAAGGCCGAGGCGGGCAGAUCACCUGAGGUCAGGAGUUCAAGACCAACCUGGUCACCAUGGUGAAAACCCAUCUCUACUAAAAAUACAAAAAAUUAGCUGGGGCAUGGUGGUGUGGGUCUGUAAUCCCAGCUACUCUGGGGCUCAGGUGGGAGAAUUGCUUGAACCCAGGAGGCAGAGGUUGCAGUGAGCCAAAAUCACACCACUGCACUCUAGCCUGGGCGACCAAGCAAGACUGUAUCAAAUAAAUAAAUACAAAUUUUUAAAAAUCACAAAUAAAAUACAGUAGUGUAACAAUUACUUGCAUAGCAUUUAUAUUAUAUUAGGUAUUAUAAGUAAUUUAGAGAUGUUUUUUAAAGUAUAACCAGGAGGAUGUGUGUAGGCAACCUGCAUAUACUAUACCAUUUUAUACCAGGGACUUGAGUAUUUGUGGAUUUUGGUGUCUG